GAUAGGCGUCCGACUCCACUCUUGAAAAUCCGACUUGCUGUUAGUUAUUUUGUACCUUUUCACCAACUCCGAAUUUUGAGGAUUUCUCGGCCAUGAAGCUCGACCCCAAAGCGAUCCGUUACCUGACGGCGGAGGACUUUCGCGUUCUCUCGGCGGUUGAACAAGGCAGUCGGAACCAUGAAAUCGUGCCGACGCCGUUGAUUGCGCAGAUCUCGGGCCUGCGCGGGGGCAGCGGGGUGCAUCGAUCGAUCUCGAACCUUGCGAAGACGAAUUUGAUUGCGAAGGUGAAGAAUGCUAAAUACGACGGCUACCGGCUCACCUACGGCGGGUUGGACUACCUGGCGCUGCACGCGCACCAGAAGCAGAAGGUGAUCUACUCAGUGGGCAACCAGAUCGGGGUGGGCAAGGAGUCGGACAUCAACGUGGUGGCCAACCACCAGAAGCAGCAGUGCAUCCUGAAGAUCCACCGGCUGGGCCGCAUCUCCUUCCGCACCGUCAAGACCAACCGCGACUACCUGCGGCACCGCACCUCGGCCUCGUGGAUGUACAUGUCGCGGCUGGCGGCGAUGAAGGAGUUCGCCUUCAUGAAGGCGCUGCGCGCCAACGGCUUCAGCGUCCCCGAGCCCAUCGCCCAGAACCGGCACACGAUCGUCAUGAGCCUGAUCGAUGCGUUCCCGCUGCGCCAGAUCUCGUCGGUCGCGGACCCGGCCGGCCUGUACGCCGAGCUGAUGGAGAUGAUUGUCCGGUUUGCGCGGUAUGGGUUGAUUCAUGGUGAUUUCAAUGAGUUCAAUAUCUUGAUCAAGGAGGUGGUCGAGGAUGAUGGCAAAGGGAAGGGGCGUGAGGCUGAGGACGGCGAGGAGAAAGUGACGCUGGUGCCCGUGGUGAUCGAUUUCCCGCAGAUGGUCUCCAUCGAUCACCCCAAUGCCGAGAUGUACUUCGAUCGCGAUGUCAACUGCAUCAAACGGUACUUCUCCCGCAAGUUCCACUUCGUCAGUGAUGUGCCCGGUCCCUUCUUUGCCGACGCCAAGAAGCAGAUGAUGGCCAAUCCGGGGAAGCGGUUGGAUGUCGAGGUUGAGGCGUCCGGCUUCUCGAGGAAGAUGGCCCGUGAGUUGGAGAGUUAUAUGCAGGAGGUUGGGGCGACGGGGGAUGGGGGGAGUGAUCGGGAGGAUGGGGAUGAUGACGAGGAGGAGGAGGAUGAGGAGGAACAGGGAGAGGAGGAUGAUAGGGAGGAGUCGCAGUCGGAUGAGCUCGACGAGAGUUCUCGACGGCUAGGCAAUUUGAAGGUGUCGGAGGGGGGACAGUAG